UCGGGUCCCGGGCCUGGCCCGCAUCCGUCGCCCGGCCCGCUGCUACCGCCCCGCUUCUACCCGCGCUAUGUGCUGCCGCUCGCCUUCGGCAAGUACUUCGCAUCCGUGUCGGCGCACGUCAGCAUCUGGAAGGUGCCCGUGUCCUACGCGCACACCGUCAAAGCCACCAUGCCUAUCUGGGUGGUCCUCCUGUCCCGGAUCAUCAUGAAGGAGAAACAGAGCACCAAGGUCUACCUGUCACUCAUCCCCAUCAUCAGCGGCGUCCUGCUCGCCACCGUCACCGAGCUGUCGUUCGACAUGUGGGGACUCGUCAGCGCCCUUGCUGCCACACUGUGCUUCUCCCUUCAGAACAUAUUCUCCAAAAAGGUGUUGAGAGACUCGCGAAUCCACCACCUCCGGCUCCUGAACAUCCUGGGAUGCCACGCCGUCUUCUUCAUGAUCCCCACGUGGGUGCUGGUGGACCUCUCGGCUUUCCUGGUUAGCAGCGACCUGACCUACGUGUCCGAGUGGCCCUGGACGCUCCUGCUCUUGGCCGUCAGCGGCUUCUGCAACUUCGCCCAGAAUGUCAUCGCCUUCAGCAUCCUCAACCUCAUCAGCCCCCUGAGCUACUCGGUCGCCAACGCCACCAAGAGGAUCAUGGUCAUCACCGUGUCCCUGAUCAUGCUGCGCAACCCCGUCACCAGCACCAACGUCCUGGGCAUGAUGACGGCUAUCCUGGGGGUCUUCCUGUACAACAAGACCAAGUACGAUGCAAACCAGCAGGCUAGGAAGCAGCUCCUGCCCCUCUCAGCCGCAGACCUGAGCAGCCGGGAGCAUCAUCGGAAUGCCCUGGAGAAACCCCACAACGGCAUCCCGUUCCCCCAACACGGGGACUAUCAAUAUGGCCGCAACGUCUUAACAGAUCACUUCCAGUACAGCCGCCAGAGCUACCCAAACUCCUACAGUUUGAACCGUUAUGACGUGUAGACUCGGACGACAGGGCGAGACCGUCACAUGACAGCUCCAGCCCCCAGCAGUAUCAGCAACUUCUAACAGCCGCCGGAUGUACGACCCAGCCCAGGGGACGGGGCAGGACCGACCCCGAGAAGACCCUGUCGUUCCCGGCCCGCUGUGCUUGGCAGCAGGACCGGUCUGCGGUGUGGACGGCCCUGGGCUGCGGGCAGAGAAGAAUCUCAACAGAGAACGGGUUUUCCGCUUGCUCCUUCCUGAAGUCUGUCAUCCGAGGGCCGUGUCUCUCCAGAGAUCUCUGCCACAAUUCCCCACACAGUGUCUUUCAGAGUUCACGAUCCGCUUUCCAGAUAACACGCAGGACCCUAUCUGGAGAAGUGGGAUCAUGACAGAUCCAGACCAGGGAGCUGGCACAUGGCGGUUUCCUGGAGGGAGUAGGGGGACAAGGGGAAGGUGAAAAGUGGUGCUUCGGAAGGACACGUGGUUUUUAUAUUUGCCAGAGGGUGCGGGUGCAUUUCAGAGACAGAAAGGGAAAGGAGAAAGGAUCCCCAUGGGGGAUGGCCAUGCCGCGAUCCCUUCUCCAUUCUCCUCUCGGGAUUUUGGGCAUGCACGCACGCACACCCGGUAUAUUCUCAAUCCGCCAGGUCCGGGACUCGAACUGUGCGGUUGGACGUGUACUUGGCCGUGUGCUGUCCAGCCACCUUACCCACCUGCCAUAGAGCCGGCCUGAUCAUGUUGAAUUCCAUGCACAGGUACGCGUAGGACACAGGCUCGCAACAGAAAGGAACUCAGCGGGGUUCAUUAAGUACAUUUCCAGCAAUAGACACACCCAGCGUUGGGGGACCCUUUGCAAUCCCUACAAAUGCUUCCAAGUGAAAAAGUGCUAUGAUGAGGAUGCCAUGCUUGGAGCCUGGUACCGUGACCUAUAAUUGGGAAUCAGCACCCACCCAGAUCCAGAGGGAAAAGAAAGCAUUCACUUGACCGAGCAGGGCACGUCUCUGCGGGUCGUAACCAGGAUCUUAGGAAACUAUAUCUAGUGUCCAAAGCUGUGAUUUCCUUCUUUCUUUUCUUUUCUUUUCUUUUCUUUUAUUUGGAGAUGUAUUUUUUGCUAUAGGGCACGUGUGCUCACCAGAAAGGCAGAGAAAGACAGA